AACUUUACACACUUCCGGUUUUGAUUUCCUGUUUUUUUAUUUUCAUUUACUUCUAUUGGAACUUGCCAGCAGAUACACAGUGUCAGCAGCCAUCAAGAAGAAGGAAACAAAUAUUGUUACAUCUAUUUCUCCUCUGUAGGCAUAAUAAGGCUCAAUUCUCAAGAUUCCAGUGUUUGAUUUACAUGAAGCAUCUAACUACUCACUGGCAGCAAUGAAUACAUUUCAACCUGGAACAGCUGUUGUUGCCCCAGCAACGAAAGUGGAGAUUACUGUGUCAUGCAGGAACCUGGCAGACCAGGACUUCUUUUCUAAGUCUGAUCCCAUGUGUGUGUUGAGAGUUGGUGACUUCAAGACGAAAACGUAUCAUGAGCACGGCAGAACCGAGAUGAUCAAGGACUGUUUGAACCCAGACUUUGUGAAAAAGUUUAUAAUUGAUUAUUUUUUCGAAGAACGCCAGAUGCUAAAGUUUGAAAUUUAUGAUGUAGAUUCACCAAGCCAAAAAUUAGACCAUCAUGAUUUUCUUGGAUUCUAUGAGUGCUCUUUGGGAGAACUUGUCAGUGCUGCAGGUGGAAAAGUAGAGAAAAAGCUACAGGGAAGAGCCACAGCUUUUGGAGUUAUUAUUUUGCGAACAGAGGAGGUUAGCUCUUGCAAGGAGGAAGCAAUAAUGCAGUUCAAAGCUUCACAUCUGGACAAAAAAGAUUUCUUUGGAAAAUCGGACCCGUUUCUGGUUUUCCAUCGAGCUAAUGAGGAUGGCAGCUAUUCUGUGGUUCACAAAACUGAAGUCAUAAAGAACAAUUUGAAUCCAACAUGGCGUCCGUUCACUAUAGCAGUCCGUUCUUUGUGUAAUGGAGAUUAUGACAGAUCAGUCAGAGUGGAGUGUUUUGACUGGGACAGUGAUGGCAGCCAUGAUUUCAUUGGAGAAUUUCAAAGUAAUAUGAGAGAAUUUUCAAAGGGUCCCGGCACCUCCAAUGUUUACCCGGUUAUUAAUCCACACAAAAAGAAAAAGAAGAAGAAUUAUACAAACUCAGGAGUGGUUGAUCUUAUCAUGUGCAAAAUACAACAACAACAUUCUUUCUUGGAUUUCAUUAAAGGAGGAAUGCAGAUGAAUUUCACAGUGGCCAUUGAUUUUACUGCCUCCAAUGGCAACCCAGCUACCCCAACCUCUCUACAUUACAAUAACCAACGCCAACCAAACCAGUAUGCGGCGGCCAUUCAGGCAGUAGGGGAGAUCAUCCAGGAUUAUGAUUCAGACAAAUUGUUUCCAGUGCUAGGUUUUGGUGCCAAGUUGCCCACAGGACAAGUGUCGCACGAAUUUGCUUUGAACUUCAACCCGACGAACCCGUACGUGGCUGGUGUGGAGGGAAUACUUCAGGUCUAUCACCAGGCCUUGCAGCGUGUACAGCUGUACGGGCCUACAAACUUCUCUCCUGUCAUUAACCAUGUGUCAAAAUUUGCGUCUGCUGCACGAGAUGGGUCCAACUACUUUGUGCUUCUAAUCAUUACAGAUGGAGUUAUUACUGACAUGCCAAAUACCAUCGAUGCCAUUGUUAAAGCAUCAUCUUUACCCAUGUCUAUAAUUAUUGUUGGAGUUGGAAAUGAUGACUUUGAUUCCAUGAAUAUGCUUGAUGCUGAUGAACAAAGACUUAGCAGCAAUGGGAGAUAUGCUGAAAGAGAUAUUGUCCAGUUUGUACCAUUUAGAAACUUUGUUGGCGGCCGAUACGGACCAGACUUGAGCAUCAGUAAAGGUUACCUUGCGAAAGAGGUGCUGGCUGAGAUCCCAGGUCAAAUUACAGAGUACAUGAAGAAACGAGGAAUCAAACCAAAACCACCGCAGGAGAAUAUUGCCAUACCAGGCUCAGUCUCCAAUAACGCAGCCACGGUGACUGCUCCAUAUGGUGCCGGAACACAGGGAAGUCAGCCUUUACAAAGAGGAACCGGACACACAGCAUCAGUUCAUUCACCGCAAGUAGGAGAUGGUGUAGCAGUACAAGGAACUGGCCCUUAUCAGGGAGGAAAUCCUCAGGGGUCUGCUCCUUACCCAGAAGCCCAACAGUGGGCAGCUCCGUAUCCUGGUGGCGCUUUGCCAGGAAAGCAGCAAGGGUCAGCACCACAGCCAGGGGUGCCCGCUCCAGGAUAUGCUCCAAGUUCAGGAGCUCAACAGUGGCCCGCUCCAUAUCCUGGAGGAGCUCAACCCAGUCAGGCUCCUAGACCAGGAAGUCAAGGAUCAGUUUCCUAUCCUGGGGCAACUCAGGGGAAUGCAGCAGUAGCUCCUUACCCUGGAGCGGGUUUGCCGGGUCAUCCUCCAAAUCAGGGAAUGCAACAAGCAUCAGCUCCUUACUCAAAUAGUGCAGCUCCUUACCCAAGUGGAGCAACACAAGGAUCUGCUCCUUAUCCAGGUGGAGCAACACAAGGAUCAGCUCCUUAUCCAGGUGGAAAAACACAAGGAUCAGCUCCUUAUCCAGGUGGAGCGACACAAGGAUCUGCUCCUUAUCCAGGUGGAGCGACACAAGGAUCAGCUCCUUAUUCAGGUGGCAUGACACAAGGAUCGGCUCCUUAUUCAAGUGGAGUGACACAAGGAUCAGCUCCUUAUUCAGGUGGAACAGCACAAGGAUCGGCUCCUUAUUCAGGUGGAGUGACACAAGGAUCAGCUCCUUAUUCAGGUGGAACAACACACGGAUCGGCUCCUUAUCCAGGUGGAACAGCACAAGGAUCGGCUCCUUAUCCAGGUGGAACAGCACAAGGAUCUGCUCCUUAUUCAGGGGGUGGAGCUCCCUAUCCAGGUGGAGAAGCUCCCUAUCCAGGUGGAGGUGCUCCCUAUCCAGGAGGAGGAGCACCUUCCUACCCUGGAGUGAAUCCACAACAAGCUGCACCUAAUCCACAAACUGCACACCAGGGAUCAGCUCCCUAUCCUGGAGGUUCCCAGUAUGGUCCAGCUGGAGGUGCUCCAUACCCUGCAGGUCCUCAAGACCCCAAAACUAACGCCCCUUUUGCUCCUCCUUCAAGAACUGCAUCAUUGCCUCCAGGAGCCCCACCACCGUACCCAAGAAGCUAACAAGUGAUGAUAUUUUUGUAUAUAUAUGAUUGCUCACAAUAUGAAAAUAUUUUCAUUUUAAAAUAUGGUGAUUCUGUCUAAAGGUUCUACAAAUGCUCAAAACAAUGUUCCAUACCCCGAAGCAAAUGCAACCUUUGUUGCUGCACCAAGAACUGCUAUAAUGCCUUCAGGUGCUCCUGUGCUAGGAGCCCUUCAACCAUAACCAAAAAACUCAGUAAUUAUUGUAUUUCUCUGUAUCGGUUGUUCACCAUAUGGAAUUGUUUUCAUUUGAAAGUACAUUGACUGAUUGUAUGUGCUUUUAUUUUCAGCUGGCAGCUAGCUGUAUUACUCUUUUACUUAUGCCAACUUGGCCACAUCCUCUAUUUGUCUUUUUUUGUUUUGUUUGAUCUUAUCUUUAAAAAUACCGUUUUAGAUGAUGCUGGCUUUCUACCAGAAAGUAAAUUGAGGGUACGAGAUUAAAAAAAAAACCCAGACCAUAAGUACGCCGACUAAGUGGUUAUAUAAGUUUGAAAUCUUUUGAAAUUGGGACACUGUAUUUUAUGUGCUUCGACAAAUUUUAAACAGCAGUUUUCUUGCUAUCUGCUAUCAAAACAUAAAAAUAUAUCUGUUAAUUUUACCCUACGUACCCUGUGCCAGAAACCCUGUGAUGGGAGUAUGUUGUCUGCUUUCAGUUUUGUUGGGUCUGGGAUUUAAGUUCAUCAUGAAAAUGCUAACUGUCUACCAAUUUAGUCUUGCGAAAGAAGUACAGUUUCUAAUACGACUGUUCUUUCCAAUAUCAUAAUUCACCACAUACAUUAUACAGCUUUACACUGUAAUAUUUUAACAUUCACAAAACAAGCAAUGCAUAAUAAUGGGUUCUGUAACUGUAAGUAAUCUGUUAGAAAUUUUAUUAUGAUGUGAAGUUGGGAUGGUGGUCAUAUGUAGAUAAACAUUUUUAAGUACUGUGUUUUCUUUGACUGAAGAAUUAAUUUUUGACAAGUUUAUACUUUAAUCUUGCCAAUGAUUUUUACUAAAGAUUAUAGUUUCUCUUCUUUUGUAUGAUAUUUCUUUAAAUAAAACAACAAAAUAGGAGUUAUCUGCAUGUAAGAUAUUGACAGAACACCUACCGUAUCUAGGAAAGCUGUAGUCAUUGUUCAGUUGCAUGGAUUUAGAAAUCAGUUUUGACAAUUCUUUAAUCAUUUGAUUAAUGAAAUAAUGUAUUGAUAAAGAUAUGAAAUAUU